GGGGAGUUGCAGCGUGACAGAAAGCGGCUGGGCCCACUGUGUGCGCGAGGAGACCGCCUUGCAGCGGGGGCUGAACUCGGCGCACAAUGAGCGCGCCGGUGGCUGGGGGUCCGCCCUCAGGGGUAUCAUGUCAUCCCACGGUGUACCAAAACACUGGGGCGAGCAUACUGAAGGAUGAGGACGUGUUGUUAGUGGAGCACCAGCGGCCAUGGCCCGGGUGCGGCGGCGGCGGCGAGGAGGCGCGGUGCGGCGGCGGCGGCGGCGACGCCCCCUCCACCGGCUCCGCCCGCUGCUCCUGCUGCGGCGCAGACACUGCCGAGUACUCCCUCUUCGCCGUGUUUGACGGCCACAACGGCGCGGCGGCGGCGCGCCUGGUGGCCGAGCGGCUGGUGGGCAUCCUGGAGGAGCGGCUGCCGCAGGGGGUGCCGCCGCCGGCCGCCAGCCCGACGUGGGUGCCCUGGCGGGAGGACAUCCAGCUGGCGCUGGUGGAGACGAUGGCGGAGCUCAACCGCCUCUUUGCGCUCAAGGGCAUCCUGGCAGGGUGCACAGCCACGCUGGUGCUGCAGGUGGGCUGGCUGCUGACCUGCGCCAACCUGGGCGACUCCCGCGCCAUCCUGGACACCGGCCUGGAGACGCUGCAGCUGACAGUGGACCACCGCGUGGCCACGCACAAGGGCGAGCGGCGGCGCGUGGAGGCGAUGGGCAACACCAUCGCUCCCAUCGACUUCACAGGCUCCGGCCCCGCCACGCGCGUGGACAACGGUGUGGGCCCGCUGCGCAUCUGGCCGGGAGGCCUGUGCCUGUCUCGGGCGGUGGGCGACUUUGAUGUGGGGGACUCGGUCAUCCCCUUCCCACACAUCAUGCAGGUGGUGGUGCCCCCCACGGGCGCGCGCCUGCUGGUGGCCAGCGACGGCGUGUGGGAUGCGUAUGAGAAGAUGAGCCGCAUCGGGUCCAUGCUGCGCAGCUGGAGCCUGGACCUGUGCCCGCAGCGGCUCAUACAGUCAAUUGUGCGCGCGUAUGGGGGCCUGCGGGACGAUACCUCCCUGGUGGUGGCAGACAUCCUGCCCCCAGGCAAGACCUUCCCAGAGGCGGUGCAGGCGGCGCAGGCACGCGCCAAGCUGUCCGGCGUGUCCAUGAGCGCCGCCGCCGCCUGCACCCCGCCGCCGCUGACGCCGGCCGCCGCCAACCCCCUCAAGCUGGAGGUGGUUGCGGAUGUGGAUGUGGCGGCGGUGAUGGGGCUGAUGCCUGAGGAGACGCCGCCGCCGCCUGGCUGGUACGACGAGUACGUGGGCGAGCAGCUGUUUGCGCUGGCGGCGGAGGCGAUGGAGUGCUGGAGGGAGGCCAAUGAGCGGCGCACGGGGCGCCGCCCCUCCACGCCGCAGCUGGAGGCCACCGUACGGGUGGCGCGGGUGGCGCGCAUGUCCCAGCAGGGCGGCGGGUCGGAGGGUCUGGAGAGCGAGGGGUCUUGGGGCGGCGGCGGCCUGACGCGCCACGCCUCUGUCUUCUUCCACCAGGCGGUGGCAGAGGGGGGGGACUAUGCGGACAAGUUUGGGCACUACCAGGGCUUCGAGCCCGGCUCCAUCGGCUCGGACAGCCCCGGCAGCAGCCUGCACAGCGCGCGGGCGGGCAGCGAGGGCAGCGUGCGCGCCGGCGGCUACCGCUACGCCGACGCCAGCGUGCGGGCAGGCAGCCGCUACACCGACGCCAGCAUGCGGGCGGGCUUGCGAUCUGACGCCAGCGUGCGGGCUGGAGGGGCGUACUACGCGGCAGCUGCCCACGGCAACGGCGGUGCCGCCCUGGGCCCCGACGAGCGCCUGCCCAGCUUCCGGCCAGACCCCUCCAUUCGCAGCGGCGCCGACGCCCUGCGCAUACUCAGCGACAGCGCCGGCUCCGCCGCCGGCGCGCCGCGGCCGCUGGCCGACGCGGCGGCGGCGGUCGACGUCAGCGGCGGCCGGCGGCAGCGCGGCGCGCCUCCCAGCCCCUUUGCCGGCUCGGCGGCGGCGGCGGCGCUGGCGCCAGCGCCGGCCGGCAGCGGCGAGGGCGUGCCAAAAAACGGGGGCGCGGCACCGGGGGACGACAAGUGCGCUUCGGCUAGCUCAGCCUCAGCGCCCAUCCCGGUGCCGCGCAGCGUCACCUUUGGAGCGGUCAACGUGAUGGGCGGCGGCGGCGGCGGCGGCGGCGGCGGCAAGGCGGGCCCCAGCAAGGCCGGCGCCGCCCAGCUGGAGGACUCGCCCAUGGGCUUCAGCAGCGGCUCCCUGCAGCAGGCGGCCGGCAGCGGCGGUCCCAUGGACACGAUACUCGAGGGCUGA